AUCACUCUUCUCUCCAGCCCGUAUCUUCUUCCUCUGUGCUAUCAUCUACAUCCUCACCUGGCUUCUUCUUCUUCUUCUUCUUCUUCUUCUUCUUCUUCUCUCUGCUCUCUCUCCAUUUUGGAACCAGUGUUCGUGGCCUCUACUUAGCUUCCACGUGAUCCUAGCGACUGUGCUGUGGUUGGUGGAUCUUCUUCUUCCUCCUCGUCUUCUUCACGGUUUUUGUCAGGAAGACUCGCGGGUGAUGGGCAUCGGCUGCCGUGCGUUUUCUCGAUUAGUUUUUUCCACGCUGGAAGUUUCGCUCUGAUUGGUAAGAAGACCGAGGAUCUGAGCGGAGAAGAUGAAUAUUGUAUUGCUUCCAUGUUGACUGUGCAGCGCUGCUCGCUCGCUCGCUCGCUUGCUUCCCAUGAUAAGCAUUUCGACUUUCGCGGAUCGUGCAGGCGGAUCUUGCUCAUGCACUGUUCUCGUACUUUGUGCAUAAUAUAUAUUUAUAUAAUAGUCAGGCUCGACCAAUCGGGGGUUCGAUUCAGCUUUGUUCGAGGCGGAUAGAAAAGCUGGGUUCGCUUGUAAACCAAAUGUUGAUCGAUGUUGCUGCCACUUGACGUUUUCUGUCAUUCGGGGGUCGCGCUUGGCUUGAGUUUCUAUCCGAAGAGAACCCUUUUAGCUGUUCUUGCUUGAGCUGGUGAUCGAAGGCUUAAAAGAAAUUGCCGGUGUUUUUUAAGUUUGUGGAGUCUUAUUUGGGCAAUGUCUUACGCCUUCGCAGCUUUUUCUGUCAUCUCUCUGUAGACGAAGGAGAAGGUGAAUUUUCCGUGCAAUCUUGAAGCAGAGUCCGAGUACCCAAGUCCUUCCCAUUUCUUGAUUUGAGCUCUUCACGGAAUUCCUUAGCCAUUUUCUUCAAUAUCAGCGAAUGAAUAAUUCUUUGAGAUAUUGUUUGCGAAGACAAUGAGGAGCUGCGGAUGGAGAAGCUUCGACGAGUGUAUAUCCGAUAUGGAAGCGCUUGAGAGAAACUUUGGUUCUGCCAUGGUUUCAUAGUUCUUGGUACUUAAAAUCUUCUGGGACGGCAGGUGUUUGAAUCCAUUACACAAUGAGUCAACAGCAGAAGCAAGGCAAGCCGGAAAAGGAGACGACUGAUGUGGGUGAAAGUGUGGUUGUUGCUGUUAAGGCAUCUAGAGAAAUUCCAAAGACUGCUCUUGUGUGGGCAUUGACCCAUGUUGUUCGACCUGGGAAUUGCAUAUUGCUACUGGUUGUGGUUCCUCAGCCAAAUUCAGGUAGAAGAUUGUGGGGUUUCCCAAAAUUUGCUGGGGAUUGUGCUAGUGGUAAUUCGAAGUAUUACUCAGGAUCUAGUGAAGAGCAGAAAAGUGAUAUUACAGACUCCUGCUCCCAGAUGAUCCUUCAGCUCCAUAAUGUUUACGAUCCAAAUAAGAUAAAUGUCAAGAUAAAGAUUGUCUCCGGAUCUCCUUGUGGGGCUGUGGCUGUGGAGGCCAAGAAAGCUCAAGCUAGUUGGGUGGUAUUAGACAAACAGCUGAAGCAUGAGGAGAAACAAUGCCUGGAGGAGCUACAGUGCAAUAUUGUGGUUAUGAAGCGGUCGCAACCCAAGGUCCUCCGCUUGAAUCUGGUGGGAUCACUAGAAAAAAAAUCUGCAGAUGCCGGUGCAUCGACUUCUGAGAUGGAUCGAGCAUUGGAUAAGCAUCACAGUUGCAAUAGUGAUGCUUCAAAUUCUAUCCGAGGGCCAGCAGUGACUCCAAGUAGUAGUCCGGAAUCAGGGACGGUCUUCACGAAUACUGAAGUGGGGACAUCGUCAGUGUCAAGCUCUGAUCCUGGAACUUCCCCAUUUUUCACCUCAGAAAUGACUAGAGAAAUAAGAAAACAAGAAUUAAUGUCCAUAGAAGAAUCAAAUAAGCUUGAUCAAUGUACUUCAGACUCAGAAAGCGAAACACAAUCGCUAUCUUCAACGAGCUUGAGGUUUGAUUCAUGGAUGGCAGAAGUUCUUAGUUCUCACUGUCAACCCUCGAGAUGCUUUCAAGAAGACUCUGUAGGGGUAAGAGCUAAUAAUAAGGCCCAUAAGCCAGUAGUGAAGACAUCGCCAAAUAAGUUCUCAAAACAGGAUGGAAAAGUUGAUAUUAGAGUGCCCAACUGGGGGAAUGAUUUGGAAUACAGUGGAAAUGUGAGAGAAGCAACUUCAGUAUCCAGACAUGCGCCUCCUGGUCCCCCUCCAUUGUGUUCCAUAUGCCAGCACAAGUCCCCUGUUUUUGGUAAACCUCCAAAAUGGUUUAGCUAUGCUGAGCUCGAGCUCGCUACUGGAGGAUUUUCAAAGGCUAAUUUCUUGGCAGAGGGAGGUUUUGGAUCUGUGCAUAGAGGGGUACUUCCAGAUGGCCAGGCGGUCGCUGUCAAGCAACACAAAUUGGCUAGUUCUCAGGGGGAUCCAGAGUUCUGUUCGGAAGUUGAGGUCCUGAGCUGCGCUCAGCACCGAAAUGUUGUUAUGCUCAUUGGAUUUUGUAUAGAGGACCGUAGAAGGCUGUUGGUUUAUGAGUACAUAUGCAAUGGUUCAUUGGAUUAUCACCUUUAUGGCUGUCAUCAAGAGCCAUUAGAAUGGUCAUCACGGCAAAAGAUCGCCAUUGGAGCUGCUCGAGGACUACGGUAUCUUCAUGAAGAAUGUAGAGUGGGUUGCAUUAUCCACCGUGAUAUGCGGCCGAACAACAUCCUUGUGACUCAUGAUUUCGAACCUCUGGUCGGUGAUUUUGGACUGGCAAGAUGGCAACCUGACGGAGAUAUCGGCGUAGAAACCCGAGUACUUGGAACUUUUGGGUAUUUGGCUCCAGAGUAUGCACAAACAGGCCAUAUUACAGAAAAAGCUGAUGUGUAUUCCUUUGGGGUGGUCUUGGUGGAGCUGGUGACUGGAAGAAAAGCAGUGGAUCUUAAUCGGCCCAAGGGCCAGCAGUGUCUGGCAGAGUGGGCACGCCCUUUGUUGGAAGAGUAUGCAAUUCAUGAACUGAUCGACCCUCGCUUGGGUGAUCAAUUUUCAGAUCGAGAGGUUUAUUGCAUGCUCCAUGCCGCAUCCCUAUGUAUUCGACGGGAUCCUGAGUCAAGACCUCGCAUGUCACAGGUGCUUCGAAUCCUGGAAGGGGACAUGCACAUAGAUGCGAAUUACAUGUCGAUUGCUGGGGUCAAUGUUGGAAGUCAUAGCAGAAGGAUCAACGAUGAGCAGCAAUAUCACAGUGGUCCUCUGUUGGAUGAAACCAGGCAAGCGUUCACUAGAAAACUCUCUCUCCAGGCACACAACAUUUCCUUGCGGGAGAGAGACAGAGCAAGGAGGAGAUCAUAUGGGGAUGCUCUAUGAAUUUGCAAAAGAACUCGUCUCAUCAAACAAUUAUGUCACAUGAAUCCCCGGCUAAUUUUUUUGACAUCUUCCUCUUUUAUCCCUUGACUCUUAGAUAAUUCUCUUCUGUAGAGGGAAAUGGUAGUUCAUAUCAAUGUAGUUAAGUAUUGUUAUUCCUCGGACAUUUGAGAAGAAUACGGAUUAGAUAGCAAUAUCAAGAUGCCAAGGGAACUUUCUAUAUUG